AUGAGUAUCGCAGACCGGCGACUGCCGAUGGUGCUGUCCAACACACGACAUCCAAUCCUUCCAGUGUUGGAGCCAGGUCAUAGCAUCAAGGAGUGGCAAACGCCUGCCCUGAUGGAGCUGAAGCAACGGCUGAUAGCCGAUCCAUACAGCCUGGCACUGAUGCAGCAGCACCUGGAGGAGGUUGCGGAAGAACAUGACGGGGAGGCUCCCCGGGAGAUUGAUCUGGUCCCGCUGGACCUGGAAGAAGGCUUGGAGGCCAUUGCUUUGGCCGAUUGGCAGAGUGAGUUGGAGACUCAGGCCAUCCAUCAGUUGGAUGAGGUACUUUGCCGGCUGCCGCCGAAUGCACUGGUAUCCAGCCUAUCGCGAGAAGAGCAAAGCACCGACAGCGAAGGAUCCAUUAGCGAAGGUGAGAGUGAAACUUCUCACGAUCCAGGGUUUGACCUGGAGGACAGCGAUGGAUCUUCCACCUCUUGCCAAGACGAUGAAGUCGCAGAGCGACAUAUGGUGCUGACCACCGACAUGAACGAAGAGAGCGAGGUGCUGAACAAAGGGCAGCGCCGCAGACUUUUGGAUGCAGUCCACAAGAUUGCAGAAUCUGCAAAGGAGGAGCUGGUGGAAAGAGUCCCUAAGGGACCGUCCAGACCUCCAAGGCCCAUCCGAAGGAUGAGUGGCCUGCUGAAGGUGAUCGAGAUUUUCACCUGGUCUUGCAUGAUCUCGCAGGUAGCCACCUUGAGAGGAUGGGAGACCUAUGAGCCCAUCACGUUGGAUGCCGGAUGGGAUGUUUCAAGUCCUCAAACGCAGGACGCCGCAAUGAAGUACCUCGAAGAGGUGGACCCUGACCUGAUCAUGAUCGCAUUUCCAUGUGGUCCCUGGUCCGUAAUGCAGAACAUCAAUCAGCGGACACCAGCACAGCGGCGAGCUCUUAGGUGGAAAAGGGCCAUCGCUCGAAAGACCGUCCUAGCCUUCACUCGGAGGGUUGCUCUCUGGCAGAGAGGACGUGGCAAGGCGGUCGUGCUGGAAAAUCCCGCUUUAGCCAAAUCGUGGGAUACAGAAGAAAUCUCGGAGGCUAUCGAGGGGCUGGAUUUCGCCCGAUUUGACCAAUGCCGAUUUGGCCUACGGCAUCCCGUGAACAAGAUGCCGAUGAAGAAGCUGACUCAGGUCGCAGGCCAAACGGAAGUGAUCCAAGAACUGAAGGAGGCACGCUGCCUAAGAGAUCACCAACACCACCCCAUAGAGGGUGGAUUCAAAGGGGCGGAUGGCAAGUGGCACAGCUUGAGUGAGCACGCGGGAGGCUACCCGGCUGAGCUCUGCCACUGCAUCCUCAAGGGAGCCGAGGCAUUUUGCCGUUCACAGGAGGCCCUUAUUGGGGGUGGAGAUGACUAUGAGUUUGAUGAUACAGCGGCAGAGCUGCAGGACGGUGACGAAGCCCUCAGAGAGGAGGAACAGCUUGCCGAGCAAGAGGAGUUUCAGGACGACCCAAACCUGAAAGACAAGGAUCUCGAGGAGGAAGAGAGGCAUCCAGUCUCCGCAGAAGUGAGGAAAGCGGUGGAAUUCACCCACCGCCAGCUUGGUCACCCAUCGAGAUCAACGCUCCUACGCAUGAUGCGGUUGAGUGGAGCGAGUAGUGAGGCCAUCCGCUAUGCAAAGCGAUGGCGGUGCGAUGUGUGUGCACAGAGGCAGCGACCUCGCCAUCCGAUGGCUUCGACUGCAACGACACGACCCUACGGGUUCAACCAUCACCUGCACAUCGACCUGAAGUUUGUCCACGAUGUGAGGGCAAAGAGAUAUGCUGUGCUGUCAAUGUUGGACCUGGGGACCAACAAGCACGACUGCGUGAUGGUCAAGACCCGGCGCAGUGAUUAUGUGGCUGGCAAAUUCAUCCGCCAUUGGUGCAUGAGGUACGGAGUACCAGCUCGCAUCACGCACGACCAAGGUGGUGAAUUCGAGCAAUCCUUCACAGCAGUGCUCGAGCAGUUUGCCAUCGACUCCGAUGUGACUGCAGCCCACGCUGGCUGGCAGCUGGGCGCAGGCGAGCGCCAUGGAGAAAUCCUCGGAGUAGCCUUGCAGGCUAUAGUGGAUGAGCACUCUGUGGAAGGAUACAGAGCUAUGAAGCUGGCCCUAGCAGCGGCUACGAUGGCGAAGAACGCCACCAUUACCCGUGAUGGGUAUACACCCAACCAACGAGUCUUUGGGGUUGAGGUGAAGUGGCCGAGCCUCCUGGCUGAAGAGGUGGAGCCUUCAUUUGCAGAAGGAGUCAAUACAGACUCCGAAGUGGCUAGGGCGCAUCAAAUGCGCACCACGGCUCGUAUCGCGCUCAUCAGGAGUGACGUCCGCGAGAAAAUGAAGAGGGCGAUCCUGAGAAAACCGGCCACAUCCCAGGGGCCAUACGCUCCAGGAACGCGGAUCUACUUCUGGGUACCAGGGGUGAAGUCCCGGUACAGUUCCCGCGGAGGCACAUGGCGUGGUCCGGCGACCAUCCUGAUACAAGAGCGGGCGAAGCGAUACUUUGUAUCUUGGCGAGGUCGACUUCUCCUACUGGCAGAGGAGAAUCUCCGACUCGCGACGCGGGAGGAGUUAGCACUCACGGAGGAAAUCAAAGAUGAAGUCCUUGACCUUCAGGACAUGCUCCGAGAUCCGAUGAGAUCCAAUGCCUAUAGAGACCUCAGAGAUGCAAAGCCACCUCCAAGGAGGCAACAUAAGCGAAGAGCACCGGCUGCGCCGGAAACUAUGGAAAGGAAGCGUGCCAAGCUCAUGAUGCGAGGCACGAAGUCGGUGCAGAAGCUUUUGCAGGAUGCUGGAGCUGGAAAGGAGUUCAGGAAGAGAAUAGCUCGGCAGCGACGCGGCCAGAAAAGGAAGGCAGUGAAGAUUUCAGAGCCGCCUGCACCGAAAACGGCAGAACCUUUACCGGCGGAGCCGGAGGAGAAGUCAGAAGGCUAUGACCCGAGCAUAGCAGAGGAUCCGGUAGAGGAAGGCCCUAGGCCGGAGGAGCCGGAGGCGCCGGACACAGUUGAAAGACCUGAGGAUUCGGAAGCUCCGAACGAAGGUGGGGCACCCGAGCUCCAGGAAGAGCCAGGUGAGGACGCUGAGGUGGCACCAGAAGAUGUUCCAAUCGAAGGGGACGAAAUCACUGAAGAGGAUGGUGAGGAUGGUGACCCCUCACGGUUAGAUCCCCUGCGGCUCAUCCGAGAGCGUGCCAGUAGGGAAUGGCAAGGUCUUCCGCCAGAGGCGAGACGUCAGAGGUUGAACGACGAUGUACCUCUGUCUUUAAAGAGGAAGAUCGCAGAGCGACGUGAUUUGGAUGACACUUUCGUCCCGGAGAAGCGCCAGAGGGUGAGUGACUCCCUGGUGGCUCAGGUGAUGAUGGGCGCUUCAGAAGACGGACCGUCCAAUGAAUGGGUUAGCCGAUAUGAGCUUACGCUGCUGAGGCAGUUGACAGGGCUGCCAAUCUGUGCUGCGCGGUUGCACCGUGCUCCAAGAAAGAGGUUCAUGAAACCUCCAAAGAUGGUGUCACGGUCUCGGUUGACCAUCAUGAUCGGAAGAGACCCCGUAGACGCCUUUGUGGUCUCCGAGAACCCUGAGGAAGUAGCGGCCAAUCCGAGACGCAGGUCAUCCAUCGAGUGGAAAGGAAUGACCAUGUUUGCCAAGGCUGCGCCUGAAGAUAAAAGGGCACGGAUGUACCCAACAUACAUCCAAGGUGCUCAAGGUCUUUAUGAGGCCAGUCUGACCUACGAGGAACGCAAGGCGUUCGAAGAGAUCUGGGUUGAGGACACCAGGAAUUGCUUGGUGGCAGAGAUCAUGGCUUUGAAGCUCAUGGCCAGUGGCAAAGAACUCAAUCCAAAGGCUUUCGAGAAGGAUGAAUGGGAAAAGUUCAAGGUCUCUGACCAGAGAGAAUGGGAACAGUGGAUCGACAACGCUGUCAUGAGAAGAGUUCCCAAGGAAGAGGCGGCGUCCAUUCCAAAAUGGAAGGUGUUCAAGUCCCCACUCCGAAUGGUCCGAACGAACAAGAGUGGUGGAGUGCUGUUACCUCUGAUCGCAAAAUCGCGAUUAGUGGUGCCAGGUCAUUUAGACCCUGGCCUGGGUGCGUUUCGCACCGAUGCACCAACUGCGGCCUUGACGCCGACCCGCUUGGCAAAAGCGGUGGCAGCCGGAAGGGGCUGGCAAGGUUGGAGUUUUGACGUGACGACGGCUUUCUUGUCAGGAGAUAGCACCAGCCGUGAGAUCUACGUCAGAGCCCCGGAAGAAGGCCUGCCGGCCGCGAGAGGAGAGCCUCCGGUAGAACCGUUCGAGUUGCUCCAAAUUUUGAAGUCCGCCUAUGGACUGACUGAAGCCCCAAGGCUUUGGUAUUUGCGGGCUUCACGCACGAUCCAAAAGACCCCUCUCAAGGAGCUGGCUGCAGCCAAGGCAGUAUUUGUGGCCGCGGAGAAGGGAGUCUCGUGGGCGAUCUUGGUGCUCCACGUGGACGACGGCCUGCUGCUAGGGUCUGAUCAGGAUGUGCGAUUUCAACGGUUGAAGGAACAGAUCAAUGGACUGUUCCGAAUCAAAGAGUGGAAGACCGUUCCACUCACAUUUCUGGGAGUGAACCUGGAGAAACAGGGUGACACGUGGGUUGACGACAUGUCGGCCUAUAUCAAGGCGAUCAAGAUCCCAGAGAUCCAAAAGAAGAAAGAUGACAUCCCACUGGAUGCUCAGGAGCUGACUGCCUUUCGGCAGCUCGUCAUGCGCCUUCGGUGGCCUGCACAGCUGGCUGCGCCCCAGCUAUUGUAUGAGGUGUCACUUUUGGCACAGAAAGUUUCUAAGGCGACGCACAAGGACUUCAAGGACGCCUUGGCGUUGCAUGCCAAGUUCCUGACGGAAGUGGAUGAGGGUAGAGCUGCGCUCAAAUACCCAAGGAUGAAUGGCGUGCCAUAUCUGGUGACGUAUUUCGACGCGUCACUCGGCCGAGAGCCCGAAGGACGCUCUCAACUGGGAGCCAUUCAUUUCCUGACUGAUGAGGGAGUGAUUCACGGGCCGCGCCCAGCUGCCGUGGUGGAGUUCACAACCACCAAGUCCACCAGAGUUGUGAGAAGCUCAAUGGCAGCAGAAUCUUGCAGCCUAAGCGUGGCUGUGGACCGCCACAUGUAUGCAAGGCUGAUCCUCGACAUGAUGCUGAGAGGAACAUACGAGGUCAAGCCUACUUGGCGUACAGAUUGCCAAGUCCGUGGUGGUUUGGUCACAGACGCCAAAAGUCUGUAUGAUCAUAUGUCCACGACAGGACAGAUCCCUCAGGAGAGACAGACGAUGCUGGACCUCCUUGCUGCUAAGAGCCUGCUGGAGCAAGAAGCCUUUCGGCUCUUUUGGGUGCCCACACAUAGGCAGUAUGCCGAUGUCCUUACAAAGAAAAUGAAGGACCUACUGUGGAUGGAGUUCAUCCAAACGGGUACCAUCUCGCUGCGCGAGACCCCAGCAGAGAAGGCUCUGGAGGAGCAUCGUAAGCGACUUCGACAAGGUCAACGGCAGCGCCGGAAGACCAAGUUCAAGGCUGCAGCUGCAGCCACUAAUUCGUACCAGCGACUCUUCCGCACCAAGUUGGACCACUUGGGCCGGGCCGUUCCCUUCGACACCUUCCGAAGGUAUGCCCGUGGUGUCUUAGAAGAGUUGGAUCACGACCCAGAGGCUCAGGAAAUGAUCCUGGAGCAGUUCGUCGCCGAGGCGAAAGCUGGUCGCGAAUUCCUGGACGGCGCUGAGGAUAGCGAGAUCAGGUUCCCCGUGGCUGGCCAGGCCGGGGAUCGCGGACGACGCGACGCGACGACGCGGCAUGGGAUCCUAAAGGAUGUCCCCAUGGGAAGUCUCACCGCAGAUGAACUGGCGGCUCAGGUGGUUCAUGCCCAUUGCCAGCAGAAGUUGGAUGCCGCCAGGGAGCAGUUGGAAACAGUCUGGGAGGAGGUCUUGCAGCAGGUGGUCCAGAUGGAGUUCGUGUCCUCCUUAGCAGAUGCCGUUAAGGCCAGAGCGGAUGAGGGCAGCGGAUGUGGCAAACAUGUGGCGACAGAACAUGGUGAGGCGGCUCCACUGGCAGCCAGAGUGCACCACACCAAGCGCUCGGAGUUUCUUUUCUACCUUUUUCUUCCGGCAGUUGUGAUCACACUCUCGACUUCGCUAAUUCGUAUCAAUCAGAUGCUGAUGGCAAAAGAGCAUUUUCCUUAUCCCUUUGUCUUGGUGAUUCUGCACUGUUAUUUUUGCACUCUCUUCGCUCUGAUUUUGCUGUGGCUCCGCCCCGGCUUGUUUCCUGCCUUGAGAGAUCCGGAUAAGAAGGUAGAGCUCUCUCUCCGCUGCUACAUUACCUCAAUUCUUCCCAUUGCGUUGUGCUUCACCGUUUCGUUGGUCCUGUCCAACCUGGCCUACAAGUACUGCACUGUGGCCUUUCUUCAGAUGAUCAAAGAGGGUAACAUCAUGGUGAUCUUCGCCAUGACUUACGCCUUCGGCAUCGAGACCUUCGAAUGGACGAAGUUGGGCAUCCUCUUAGUGAUGCUGUUUGCAACUUGGAGCUGUGUGGAUGGCGAGCUGAAUUUCAACAUCGCGGGCUUCCUGGUUCAAGUGACUGCCGGCGUGUGCGAGGCCACGAAAACCAUCCUGCAAUCCUUGCUGUUGGCAGGCAAAGGAUUCAAGCUGGAUCCUAUGUCCAUGGUUUUAACCUUGAUGCCUAUGUGUGGACUGCUAUUGUCUGGUGUGUUGAUCUUCCACAUCUUGCUGCUGCCCUUGAACUUCGUGAAACUCCCCAGUUGGGACGAGGUCUGGGCGUGGCGGGUCCUCUUAGCCGCCAGCAUUUGCAACGCCUUUGUGCUGAAUGUAGCCAUUGCAGUGUUCCUGAAGUAUCUCUCACCAGUGGUGUAUGUCCUGACAGGAAACAUCAAGGACAUAGUGGUGGUCUGCAUGUCAGCCUUUCUGAUCGGCGAACCUAUCAGCUCCUUGCAGAUCCUGGGCUUCAGCACGCAGGUGCUUUGCGUCUUCGCGUGGACGAGCUACAAGCACAACGGCCAGUUGGUCCCCAAGGAACUUCUAUUAGAGGCCUUCGAAGCAGCUCGCAACACUUUGGCACUCGUGGAGGCGACGCUACGCUUGAACGCCACCGGAAACACGGUGACAGCCUUGGUGCAACGCCUCGUAUUUCAGGCAAGUGUUCUUGAAGAAGCUUUCUUGGUGCGUCAGUCUAUCAUGCAGGCAGUGCUGGAGGGAAAGUUCGACGAUAUCGAACUGUGGGCCGAACAAGCUCAAACCUUGGGUGAGGACCUGCAUUUGGAGCUGGCGUAUGCAGAUCGCUUGCGACAGGCCAGCCAGCAAACUUCCAAAUCCUCUUCCUCCAGCUGGUCCACCGGCUCUCCAGACGAUGACGCCGCCGGCGACCACGGGCGUGGAACCACUCGGGAGGAGCACUGCAAGGAUUCGUCGAAACACUCCUGGGACUGCAGCACCACGCAUCCCCACUCCCCGCAAUCCGCCGAGCCCACCCCGCGGCCGGAACCCGCGGAACCAGCGGAGCAGCAACGGCGCGAUCCCGCGCCGUACGCUGCCAGUGGGGUGCAACUGAAACAUGCCAAGUGGAGGGCAGCUGAGCGGCCGGCAGAGGGGCCUUUUCCAGAGUCCAAGAGGUGCUUUCCUGAGUCUGCCUCCUUUCCCCGCUUCACGGAAUAUGAGCAACGACGCGCCAAAGAACGCCGGAGUCCAGAGGCGGAUUGGGACUACCUUCAGGCAAAAGCAGAGCAGCAGCGCUACACCGCAUUUCAGCCCACCAAGGGCCCCCGCCCUGGCCGCCCGGCCAGCGCCCCAGCGCGUGGCCGCGAACGCGAGCCUGCGGGCGCGGGCCGCGCGGCGGCACAUGCAGCCCAUGCAACAGCCCAACGGACGGCUACGCGGGCGAAGGCACAAAGCCUCUUCGGAAGCUGGUGGAAGUCCUGGAUGGGCGCCGCCAAGGAUCCGCCGAGCGACUUCCCUCGGGACGUGCCCGGAGACCGCGGCGACCGCGGCGACCGUGGCGACCGCGGCGACCGCGCGGGGCGACGGCCGCGGGAGGAGAAGGGACGGCUGGUGUCGAAGGUGGAGUGCCGCGAGAGCGACUUGAUGAUUUUGGGUUUCGCGCGCACUGCGAAGCCAACCCCGGAAGAGCUGAAGAAGGCUUACAAGGUCAUGGCCAUGCGUUGGCACCCAGAUCGGCCUCACAAUCGCGACAAGAACAGUGAGGCAACGGCCAACUUUCGCACCGUGAAAGCAGCAUACGCGUCUUGGCGCCGAAGUUUUCCAUGA